UUUACAACGCCACCAGCCACACAGCUCUGCAAGAUUGCAAACUCUCUCUCGAUUCUGAAAACCAAUUAUUAAAAGAGAAAAAUUAAAAAAAAAAGAUUAGAAUCGAAACCCCUUUUUCCAAUUUCUACGAAAGAUUUAAUGACGGGUGGACAGUGUGCGGAUUGAGUAGAGCGAUUAUCAUGUGCACCGGUUCGGGUUCGGGUUCGGGUUCGGACUCGGACUCAGGCUCAAACGGGUGGAGCAAAGCCCCGGGUGUGGUGCUGAAGGCUCUGGUGUUAGUCGGAGGCGCGUUGCUGCUGAAGCGGCUUACCAAGUCGACCACUCGCUGGGACCACACCCGCAUCGUCGCCGACUCACUCGCCGGCGAGAAGUUUUCCAAGGAGCAAGCUUCCAGGGACCCGGACAAUUAUUUCAAUAUGAGAUGGCUUUCGUGUCCAGCAGCCGAAAUGGUCGACGGUUCAAGGGUUUUGUACUUUGAACAGGCGUUCUGGAGAACUCCGCACAAACCUUUCCGACAGCGAUUUUUCAUGGUAAAGCCUUGUUCGAAGGAGAUGAAGUGUGAUGUCGAGCUAAGUACGCACGCAAUUCGAGAUUCAGAGGAGUACAAGAACUUUUGUGAUCGAUCGAAGGACCAAAGGCCACAGCCUGAAGAAGUUAUUGGGGACAUUGCCGAGCAUUUGACCACCAUUUAUCUCAAGCGAUGCGAUCGAGGGAAGCGUUGUUUAUACGAAGGCUCGACUCCUGCAGAUGGUUUUUCUAAUGCAUGGAACGGAGCAUCGUAUUGUACAUCCGAUCUUACUGUUUUGAAGAACAGCGAAAUACACACAUGGGAUAGAGGCUACGAUGACAAUGGAAAUCAAGUUUGGGGCGUAAAGGAUGGUCCGUACGAGUUUAAAUCCGCUCCAGGCUCGAGUUUUAGUGAUCCCUUUUCAUCUUUAACUUUCCCUCCACAAUUCAUCGAGAAACGGAUCGAGGGUUCGUUUGUUCUCCAAGAAUGAUUUCUUCUUUCGUUCAUUGUAUUAUGUAAAUCCUAGUGUCACGUUUUGAGAUACCUUAGUAGUAUACAAUGCUUCUUUUAUUCUUUUCGUUCUAUAGCAUACGUGUAUUUUCUC